AUGAUUACCGCCACGAAGCGAAAAGUACUUGACGGACUGAAUAGGAGAUACAUUUACGGUCGCGUGCCCCUCCUGCACACGAUCAUCUUCCUCAUCGAGAUGGCUGUAGCCACUCGCCUCGCGGCCAAAUUCAAUACCUACUAUGCUGAGAAGCCAGUGCUCACGACCAUGGUCACCAACGCCGUGCUUGGUGGCGUGGCCGACACCGUUGCCCAGCUAAUCACCGCAUUUCGAUUCCGCUCGCAUCAACGAACGCAAGAAAAUAACGACUUCAUAUCGAUAGAGAUUGAAGAUCUGGAUAAGCAAAGGCCUCCUGUUGUUGGCGAAUUGGGAUAUUCUCGGAGCUCGCCCCCGCCGUUUGAUUUUGAACGCAUGACCAGGUUUAUGGCAUACGGUUUCUUUAUGGCUCCGGUGCAGUUCCAGUGGUUUGGCUUCUUGUUGAGAACGUUUCCUCUCACCAAGAAGAACCCUUCUAUCCCAGUUUUCAAGCGUGUGGCCUUUGACCAGCUCAUGUUCGCGCCUUUCGGUCUGGCUUGUUUCUUCACCUAUAUGACGAUUGCCGAGGGCGGAGGCAAGAGAGCAUUGACAUCGAAGUUCCGUGAUGUGUACCUGCCGACUUUGAAGGCCAACUUUGUACUAUGGCCGGCAGUGCAGAUUCUCAACUUCCGGGUGAUUCCCAUUCAGUUCCAGAUUCCAUUUGUUUCCUCCGUCGGUAUUGCGUGGACCGCAUACCUCUCGCUCACCAACUCCUCCGAGGAGUCUUAA